AUGGAGGUUAGCAAUGGGGUGAAACCGCAUGCGGCUAAGGCUAGUAGCAGCGGCAUUGGAAGUAAUGGAGUUGGAAACCAGAGGAAAGCUUCCAAGUCGAGACAGCAGGGGGGCACUGGACAGGUGACGCCGAAAGGAGGGCGGACGGGUUUGGCUGCGCAGGGGAAGGAAGGUUUAUCAAGCGACGAGCCUGCUGCUAAGAAGGAGAAUAUGAAGCUAGUGAAAGUGCUACCACAGACGCCUAUCAAUGCUAAGAAGAACAAGAGUGGCAUGCACCCCAAGCCAUCCGGCAAGUCGCAAGCCACAGAAGACGAUGCUUUCGAAGAAUACGACGUCGAUCCCUCGCAGAAAGAAUUUCUACUGGAACUGCUCAAAGUCGCGCCAAAAGAAGAACUCAUACAAUUAGUUGGGAAUACAAAGAUGAAGAGAAAGCGAGAUGAUGACGCUGAGGAUGGUACACUAGAUACCAAAGAUAUGGCUCUUGCGGAAACCGUGAAUGCCAGGAACAACGUGGAUUUGGGACAUGCCGUAGCAGCCGCAGCAAGCCGAGUUGGUGAGAUUGUGAGUAUUAUGCAAACUCAGUUCGCAUGUGAACCUCCAACGAAAUUGACGAAGAGGAAGUCGAAAAAGCAGAGGAUAAUAGAGAGAGAUUUGGAGUCCCCAAAGGCAAAGAUCAACGAAGCACCGCCUAAACUUCAGGAAGCUAAGGUUUGGUAUAAGGACGAUAACAGCGGAGCCAUGGAGGUCGACGUUGUUGAGGGUCUGGAACCAGUUCUUACCUUCGCUCCGGAUGAUCCCGGAAUACAAAAGAAGAAAAAAAAUGCCAUACUCCCUGGAGGCGUGGUACAGAAGUCGGAGCACAACCAAAAGACUUUAGGGGAUGUCAUAGUACCGGUGCCCGCCGUUGCUAUGGGUUCAACGCCUGCGUCUCAAAAAAAAUCGCACAUACAACCAGCAACUGGCGAUGCCAAUAUCAACGGCAGCGGAACUCUUUCUACAACGGAGAAGCAAAAACCCCAAAAAGUAGAGAAGCAGGAGAAAAAGAAACCUUCCAAGGGACUGACAACUUCGGAGUACUUUUCGCCCUCACCAGUGAAGAAGCAACCGGCUAAGCAAAUUGCUUCCAAGGAGAACGCUACAAAAGAUAAACAGGUACAACAACCCCAGGGAAAGAAAGCACAACGAAGAGCUCAGUCCCUAGUUGAAGCAGGAGAGGCAACAAAGAAGCUUGCUUCGAUGGCUGGGCUCCCGAAAGAAAUCGUUGACAUGCUGCGGGAGACCAACCGGGCCAUCCAAGCCGCGAAUAUCGGUGGUGUGGUUAAGAAAGCCGUGGAGCAAAACGUGGCGAGAAAUCAAACGAAAAAUGCUCAAAAUAAGGCUAAGGGAGAAGGAGAGAAGGCUAGAAGCUUGAAUGCUACGGAGGCUGCAAAGAUUCCGGAGAAAAGCAAUAAGAGGGCUGCGAAGAGGGAGAGAGCGAGGCAGCGGAACCAUAACCGUCUGCGUGAGCAGCCUGGUGCGCUUGGCGUGGCUAUUGACGGUGGCGAGAAGGUGAAUGCGGACAGUACUGAGACCAGCAACGCUCUAACUACUGAGAAAUCCUCUGCCACUUGUGCUACCAAUGAUUCCGAAGCCAGAGAUUCUGUCCAAAGUACGGAGAAUAAGCUUGCUUCAUCUAUCGCGGCUGAGAUAGCUCUAAGUCGGACGGUGAAGGGCAUAAGAAAGACAACUGCUUCAGAGCCUACACGGAUGGAUAUUGACCCUAAGCCUGCGAGCCAGGAAUUAAAAGCCAACCACUCUCAUUGCCUGGAAGCACAUGUUACAUAUCAAGAUAAUGGAAUCGUCGGGGGACCUGCCAUGCCCGACACGACGAUGGAUGACAGCAGCGGAAAUAUUGAUAUUAGUGAAGAUGUUAGAAGCUCAAAUGCUCCAGCUUCUCAGGAAAUGGUCGAUGCCCAUACCCAUUCAGAGGUGGUGGGCUCUAUCGACCGAAAUGACACCUUGCAACCCAAUGAACCUCGGGCGACUGAAGGGGUUCAACAUGAUAAGCAAACUGUCGGUAAUCGCUCCAUUGGCAACAACCCUCUGUAUAAUUCUAUGGGUAAUGACCAGACUGGGGAUGAGCUUAAUGAAUCUCCAAUAACUCCAACGCCUCGGCGACGGACCUCGUCCGCCUCCCAACGCAGCGCUCCUGAGGCCGGUUAUUUUACCCAGAAUUCCCCCAAGAUACAGAGACUUUCUAAAUCUUCUCCCAGCUCGCAGCCACUACCUCGAACACCUGCACCAAAGAUCCAGCAAAAGUCCAUAUUAGAGAUCAUACUUAAUAGUCCAGCUGAGGAGGCUAAGCCUAAACUUGAAAAAUGGCUAGAUCCGUCGCAUAUGUCAGGAAAGAAAUCUCGUGCGGUUAGGAGAGAUAGCAACGGGCGCUUCUCCGCCAAGGGUCUUGUUAUCACCCCUACUGAGAGUACCAAAAGGCCGUCAGUAGAUGCUUCAACUGGCAGCCCACUCAAGGUGGAGGGCGCUGAAGCAGACAUGUCAGUGAAUGCCUUCGACGACCGUAUAUUACAAGCAGAUUCUUCAGCCACACCCAAUAGGCCCAUCUUCGAUGAGGAGUCGCCUAUCUCGAAAACGCAGAACUUGGUAGAAGAUGGCGGGCCCGAGAAUGGCAGUUUCAUAAAGCUAGAGAAGAAGGUAAAAGCGAAACGGGCAUCAAAGAAAUCCCCAUACUUCACGGCCCCCGUCAUCUCUCAGCCGAAGAGAGCUACAUCUAAAGCUGCCCAAGGAAGUGAAGACAUAUCCGAAAGAACGCCAAAGUCUACUCCCACGACUCCGAAGAAGAAGGGCGACUUGAAAUCAGAAACUCCCAAGAGGCGCUCUCCAGGAGGCAUCGUGUCAUGCAUCCCAUUCCCGCCCUUAUCUUCUCCACACUUCGGACUUAUUCAAGAAAAGCUCGCCCACGACCCUUUCCGUCUCCUCAUAGCUGUUACCUUCCUCAACCGCACCAAAGGCAAAGAUGCCAUACCCGUCUUCUACGAACUACUGACCAAAUACCCAACCCCUGAAUCCCUCGUGUCUGCGGGAAAAGAAGAUAUAGUCCCUAUAAUUCGCCAUCUCGGCCUGCAAAACCAACGCGCAGCGACCUACCAAACGUACGCAAAAUUUUGGCUCGAAGACCCACCGAAAAAAGGCCGCCGGUACGCAGUUCGCGGCUACCCAACAAAGGAGUCCGGUCGUGAUAUCAAAAACGGUGAGAUCCUGGCUGAUGACGAUGAACGCGAAGCUUGGGAAAUAGGUCACAUGACUCAAGGCCCCUAUGCCAUUGAUUCGUGGCGGAUUUUCUGCCGCGAUGCCCUGAGAGGGAAGGCUAAGGAUUGGAAUGGGGAAGGUAAUACCGAGGAGUGCUUUCAGCCGGAGUGGAUGAGAGUUCUGCCGGAAGAUAAGGAGCUCCGAGCAUACCUGAGGUGGAUGUGGCUUAAGGAGGGGUUUGAGUGGGAUCCAUUCACAGGGGAGAAGGAGGUUGCGGGUAAGGAGUUGAUGAGUGCUGCUAUUGAAGGGCGAAUUGCGUGGGAUGAUUUUGGCGGGAUGAGAAUCAUUAUGGAGGGGGAGGAUAGUGGCAGUGGAGCGGGUAUUGGAGAACCCCUGAACCAUGAUGUUGGUCCUAUGAAGGAUGAUGUUAAGGGCAAGGGGGAGCUGACUGAGACGGAGGAUAUGGAUUGGGAGAUCUGA